AUGCCUUGGGUGGGCAUGCCAACAAAGAUAUUUGCCAUCGUGCCGCUCUUGACCCAGGUCAACGGCAUCGCAUUCAAACACGGUCCUUGUGCGUUUGUCAGCAGGGAGGAGUACGAGUUUUGUUGCUGUGAGGUGCCCGAGAACACAGCCUGCUGGAACCACGAGUCCCACACACAGUGGCAGGAUUGCUGCGAGAACGACUUCAAGGAAAAAUGCCCACUGGGCUCUCGCGUCUUCCGGCGCCUGCAGCCGCGAACGGAGGUGGCGCGGGCCGGAAUUCAGGAUACCUUGGCAGUGUAUCAGUUCGGCGAUUUGCGGACCACGGUUCUGGAGAUUGUAAACUGUGAGCAUGGCGUGCACUGGGCUACAUGGAAGAUGCUCUCGCUUUUGCUGCAACAACACGAAGCUGAGACGCUGCACGAGACGGCGAAGCUGGAUACAAAGUUGACGGCACUGGCCACUGCCAUAGUGAGCAAUUUCAACCUGAGCUCAUUGGGUGAGCAGCCCGCGGACACCGAAUGUGCAUUCUGUGCUUAUUUCGGGCACGAGUGGCUGGACACGGUUUCCAGGUUCGGCAUCAAAGAGCAGACAUGGCUCAAAGAUCCCCGUGAGAUUCUGUGCGUGCUGGGGUAUGUCUCUGCUGCCUUUGUUGUCGCCGUGACGACCGAGGUUCGCAGCCUCUUGCCAGAUGCAUUGAGGCUCUUUGCCGGCAACCAGGACUUGGAUGUCUCGUCAUCCUCGAUUUGGCCGAUCAGCUACUGGGAUCUCGCUCUGAACCUCGGCCGGGGCCGCCCGCGUAAGAUGCGGACACUUGCAGCUGAUGCGCGGGCUGUUGCAAAGUUUCCGGAGCUGCUGCUUUAUCCAGGUCCUUAUCGAAGGUGGCAGGCUUGGUCGCAAGCUGAAGCGAAGCCCUUCAUUCGUGCAGUGAGCCUGGUCUACCACCCGGCUGUGGAUAUCGAAAUCCCAUCUUUUCUUCUGAAUCUGUCCGAUGGACGCCUUGGGGUAACAUUUGCUUUCCUGGACGUGGGCUCGCACUACACAGGCGAUCGGAUGAUGGAGCACGUCUGCAGCCAGUGGCCGGACCUCUGCAUGGCGCCAAAUGCCCCUGUUGUCUUCGAGGAAGGUGCGGCUCCCUCGGCAGAUCUGCUUUUUUGCUGCAUCUACAGCCACUGCCAGCGUUUAGAGACAUGGAUGGGCCAGAGGUUGCCUCUCAUCUCGUACUAUGCUGGCAUUCCUGAAAACGACUUUUAUGUCCGUAGUGGUGAAAAGAAGGUGGAGGAGGAGCUGAAGGCUAUGUGGAGGUAUGUGGGUAGACGCGAAGAGGAUACCAUGCUGCUGGUCGAUGCCCCGUACACAGCCGAAGUCCUGCACGCUCACUCGGGCCAGCUGCACCCUGUCUAUCGGCCUCUUGCUGUCUACUUGACUCGCUUCAAGUACGCACCCAAACUGGAUCAAAUCCUCGUGCCAAAGUCCAGAUCUGCGUCUGUCACGUCGCAGUCAGAGUGGAUGUUUCACCUGCUUGUGUCCCUUGGGGGCGAGAGUUUCGCGCCUAAGUUCGCCAUCCAGAACUCUUUCCUCAGCUUCGAAGACUAUGCGGCCUACCAGGCCAUUGCUUACCUUCCUGGUCCGCAUAGUUGGGUGUUGAUGCAGUGGCGUGAGUUUUACAGCAUGGACAUGCCGCUUUUCGUCCCACACAGAGAGGAUUUGCUGGCCCACUCACGGUACUGGCAUAUCAACCUCUGGAACAACUUGAAGUCUGUGCCAGAGGAGAAUUGGAUGCAAAAAAGGGAGUUCUGGUCUCAGCGCCAUCCGUACCGGCCAUUCCCACCACAGGAUCAGUGGUCCGGCGAGUAUGUCCGUGCAAGCAUGUACUGGUCUCAAAGCCUGGAAUACUUGACGUGGCCCUUUGUUCAGCAAUUUCGUGGAGUUCCCGACUUGCUGCACAAGGCCAGGGUAGCGCCGGGAUGCGUAAAGCCUUCUACUUCUACGCCUUCACAAUAG